AUGCAAACCAUGGUGGCCUUCACCUCUCGCGACCACUCCUGGGUGGGCACUGUCGGCUUUCGCAGCUUCGCGCAGGAAGUCGACGUGGCUGUCGGACUCGCGCUCAAGUGUGGUGAGAACAUGCGGGCGACGGCCGGUGCGGCAGCGCUUUUCAAGGAUGGCGACGAUGGGAUAGAUCCUCAGACAGCGACAGACCUGGAGAACGAGAGGCUCGUCACUGCUGGCCUGCGUGAGGCGUUUCCGUCGCACGACAUCAUCGGCGAGGAGAGCUCCGCCGCGGCGGGAGGCGUGCCCGCCGUCGAGGCGCGGCCGACCUGGAUCAUCGACCCAAUCGAUGGCACGCAGAACUUCUGCCACGGGAUGCCAGAGAGCGUCGUCUCGAUUGGCCUCGCCGUGGGCGGCCUGCCCGAGCUCGGCGUCAUCUACGACCCGUAUCGGGACGACCUGUACGUCGGCGUGGUGGAGGAGGGAGCUUACCUCAACGGCCGCCGCUUGCCGCCCGCUGACGAAGGCGCGCCGGACCAGCUCGACAGGUCUGUGGUGCUCAGUGACCUAGGAUACGAGCGGAGCGCCCAGGGCUCCGCGCGGCUGGCGGCGGUCUACAGGGCGCUGCUCGACCGCAAUGUCUUUGCCUUCCGCAUCGUCGGCUCGACGGUGCUCUCUCUCGCGUGGCUGGCGUCGGGCCGGUGCGAUGCCGUCAUCAUGGGGGUCGGAAAGCGCGACACGCCCAAGGCUUGGGACUGGUGCGCGGGCUGGGCGCUGGGCCGCGCCACCGGCUGCACCUUCCGCCGGCUGAUCUCCGACCGUCCCUUUGCCCUCGCCUCGAGCUCCGUGUGCGCCGCGCGGAGAGAGGCCCUCGCCGAAGUGCUACAGGCAUCGGUCCGGGAGGCCGUGGCGGACCUGCCGAUGGAUGAGCUUCCGUCGGAGGCGUGA